AUGGGUUCCGUCGCAACACUUGAAGAGACUCGCUGCAUCAUCAACAUUAUUGAGGAUGAUGCUGCGAGUGACCCCAACCGCCCCUUCGUCUUCGUACCCCGAUCAACACAACCUCAAGACGGAUGGGAGCCAGUCACAUAUAAACAGCUAACAAACGCUGUCAAUCAUGUUGCUCAUACCAUUGCACAAAUGGUCGCUAACGACGCCCGUAAGGAUGACUUCCCGACAGUUGGCUACAUCGGCCCAAAUGAUGUGCGAUAUAUCAUCUUCAUGCUGGCCUGUAUGAAAGCAAAAUGUCAACCCUUUCUACCAUCUCCUCGAAACACCAUUGAAGGCCAAGUCUCUCUCUUGAAGGCUACCGACUGCCGCUAUUUUUGGUACGGAGAAGGAUACUUGCCAGUUAUCCAGAAGAUUCUUGCACAGCGACAGCUGCAAAUAACCCAAGUUCCUAGUGCCAAGGAAUGGCUCGAAGCUACGUCUAAUCCUUUCCUGUACAAUUAUUCGGCCCAUGAGACUCGGUCACAUCCAUGGAUCGCUCUUCAUACCAGCGGAUCAACUGGAAUUCCUAAGCCUAUAGUCAUAAGCCAAGCGAAUCUCCAGCUUCUUGGCAAGCUUCGCAAUAUCAGCGACCAGCACAAUAAUCCUUCUUUAUACAAUGCAUGGGCUUCUCGGUCAACAAGAGUAUUCAAUCCUAUGCCGUUAUUUCAUGCAGCGGGACUGGAAAUGCUCAUGAUGCUCGCUGUCAAUGACCAGAUACCUUGUGCCUUGAACAUACCGGAGAAGCCAUUAAACGCCGAGCUGGUGUUGCAGUGCUUGUCUCAUGCUGGAGUUGAUGGAGCUCUUCUGCCCCCCUCGGUGAUUGAGGAUAUUUCUUCCACUGAAGCUGGUAUAAAAGCGUUAGGAAAGCUCGGCUUCAUCUCCUUUGGAGGUGGCAGUCUGUCCGGGCCAGUGGGCGACAAGCUCGUGGACAAUGGAGCAUACAUAAUAAACGUUUAUGGAGCCAGCGAGACCUUCCCUCUGGCUCUACAAGAGCAGACAAACCCCCGCCUUUGGCAGUAUUUCGUGUUCAACCCCGAACUUAUAGGAGCCGAAAUGAUUCCAACAGCGUGGGAGGGGGUUUAUGGGUUCAAAAUACGUCGCAACCCACGUGACGCUUGUCUCCAAUCUGUCUUUAACAACUUUCCAGAAAAGAAUGAAUUCCUUACCGGAGACUUGUUCCAGGCUCACGAAUCCUUGCCCAACAACUUCAAGUACUAUGGGCGAGGAGAUGAUGUCAUCGUCUUCUCAAACGGAGAGAAGCUGAAUCCAGUGACCAUAGAGGACAUAGUCGUUGCUCAUCCAGCUCUUAAGCACGUCCUGGUUGUCGGACAGCAAAAGUUCCAGCCAGCCAUCAUAUUGGACCCGAAGAACCCCUUAAAGAGCGACGCAGAGGCAGAAGCCCUGAUUAACGAUGUCUGGCCUCUCAUUGAGCAAGCUAAUAAGCAAACAGUUGCGCACGGUCGUAUUGUUCGACAGCUGGUAGCCAUUUCGGACCCCAACCUGCCGUUUUUGCUGGCCGGCAAAGGCACUGUGCAAAGGACUCAAACCGUCCAUUUGUAUAAAGACUACAUCGACAGUAUCUACCUGCAAGCAGACGCUGUUGUGAACAAUGUAAAUUUAGAUCUCAGCAGCCAGCAAGCUUUGGUGUUAUCUAUCAGAGAGCUGCUGCAAGACAAGCUUGGCGUUGAACAGCUUGAGCAAAAUACGGACUUUUUUAGUCACGGAGUCGACUCAUUACAGGUUAUUACCAUGGCUAAAAUGCUGCAAGAGGGGCUUGAAAAGUUAGGGAUUGAGUUCGAUCCUAACAUUAUCGCAACUCGCUCCAUCUAUGCCAACCCUUCAAUCGAGCUUCUUUCCAGCUACAUCUUCCGAUCAAUAUCCAAAUCUGAUGGAGAGAGUGGCGACUCAGCCGAGGCAGAGUUUAGUGCCCAGCAAGUUAAAGCCAUGGAGGAUAUUGUCGCCAAAUAUACCAGUAAUCUCCCGGAACGCAAUGAUGCCCAAAAAGACCCAAAUGAAAAUGCCCAAACAGUCAUCUUGACAGGCUCAACAGGCUCUUUAGGUAGCUAUAUGCUAGACCAGCUUAUCAACUCACCUCGCGUGAGCAAAGUGUACGCACUCAACCGCGGUGCUGAUGGAGGUCGUUCCAGGCAAGAGGAUAUCAAUGCGAACCGUACUUUGACCAAAGAUUUCUCAAAAGUCGAAUUUUUGGGCUCAGACCUAUCAAAGCCUAAUUUCGGGCUUGAUCCUGCGAAGUAUGCAGAAAUGCUGUCUUCGGUGGACAGAAUAGUCCACAACGCUUGGCCAGUCAAUUUCAAUAUGCCAAUCGCUUCCUUUGAGCCAUUCAUCCGCGGGGUCCGCCAUUUUGUUGAAUUUGCUGGCGCUUCGCCCAAGAAAGCUGCUGUAGUGUUCGUAUCAAGUAUAGGCACCGCAAAUAAUUGGACUUCUAGUGAGCCUGUGCCUGAGAGGCGACUUGAUGAUCCAAACUUGGCAGAAAUGGGAUAUGGGUUGUCGAAACUCGCAGGCAGCUUCAUCCUGGACGCCGCGGCGGCACAGUCAGGCUUAGCCACGGUGUCUGUGAGAGUCGGGCAAAUUGCUGGUCCGAACAAAGGGGCGGGUGUCUGGAAUCCGCAUGAGUUUGUACCAAGCUUGAUUGCUAGCUCAGUUUAUCUCGGAGUCCUUCCAAGCCAUCUAGGUCCAUUUCAAAAUGUUGACUAG